GUCAACGUCAAAGACCGCAGCUUCACCCAUGGGACAAGCCAUCGUAUUCGAACACAUUGGAAAUGACGCAUGGGCUCCUGGUUCCGACGUCUCGCUCGUUUCGCACACAGAAGACUCUUCAAAGCCAGACCCCGGCCUGAUGUAAAUGGAAACCCAGCGCAGUUGACUGGCACCUCCCAUUCAUCGAACGUCCAUCUCAUCCUGCCCACGUCAGCCGGCGCUUCACUCGCCCAAGCCAUACCAGGAUUCCUCGCUAGCCUCAGAGAGAUGCCCCGAGAAAACAUCGCCGACACAACUGCUGCAACCUUUGCGGAGCUACUAUCGGGCCCUCUUCUCGAUAUAUACGUGGGCCCCGAAGGUCGAAAAUGGACUUUGCCUCGCAACCUCCUCAGCUACCACUCCCCAUUCUUCGAUGAAACACAUGUGGUCAAUGGUGAACAUAGAAGAAUCAAGGAUGGACAGUUAGACUUGCGCGACGAAGAUCCUGGAGCAUUUCAACUUCUCGUGAAAUGGGUCUAUCAAGGCAAAAUCGAUGAUGUAUCCUGGAUACCAAAGGAUGUCAAAUGGGAUUAUGCAUUCACGUGUCAGAAGCUCUACCUUCUGUGUGACACGCUCGAGUUACUAGAUCUCAAGAAUCUGGCCAUCGAUCAGUUUCGGAAAGGUUGCCAUGAGGCUGGGUUGGUGCCUGGACCGGAGGAAAUGAAACCCAUCUACCAGAAAACACCCCCGGACUCGCCGUUUCGUCGGCUUGUGAGCAAAAUUGCGGCAAGGCAGAUUAUGGAUCCUGACUCGGACAAAGAUGCCUCGUCAUAUAAGGAGUGCUUCGCUGCGUCUCCUGACUUUGCCGUGGAUGUGAUUAAUGCCAUCAAGCAAUCUUCCGGUGGCUCACUGUUUGAUGAUCCGACAGAAGGCAAUUCUUGCAGAUUUCAUGAGCACCAGGCAGGCGAAUCAUGCCAGAAAACUGUCAAGUUCAAAGACCCUUGAUGAUACACACUCAGUUACUCAAACACUGAGUACGUCGAUGCUCAGAGGAUCGCAAUCACCAACUCUUCUACACAACUUUCUUCGAAUUCUUGCCGACCACCUAACUCUGGACUACGCAAUGAUUUAUGUCCGCCACCAAUCUUUCAACCCUAUCUGCUUCCCCCCAUAAGCAACGAUUGACCAAUUUCACCAAUGAGCGUUUCCUAUGAUAUACAUGUACAAAUACAAUCGAGUCGGAGCGAUUACUGUCAUUAUCGUUCAUUUGCAAGUAAAAUCAGGUCGCUCAUUUGAUUGUUUCACCCGGUUUAAUGAAUGUGGGAC